CUCUUAUAGGUUAUUACUUCACAUUGAAAAUGGAAGAUCAAAUUAGUAUCCUCUCAAGUAUUGAAGUGCCUACUUUGGUGUUGAAUACAGAUACACUACAGAAAAUAUUACUGAAAGUUAAGAAAAUAAAUGUUCAAUCAAAUAAUAGUACUGAUAGCUUGGAAGUCUACAGCAAAAUAUUGCAAAAACUAUGGAAUCAUCUACUAAAUGGACUAAACGAGUUUGAUGAUCAGUUACUUUGUUCAACAUGCUUUUAUACCAUUCUUAGUUUGCAUAAAGACAAUGCAUUUAUAGAUUUAAUGUUACAAAGUAUUGUGGAAGAAUUAAAUAAAAGUGAAGAAACAAAUAUAGACAAAGGAAGAAAACUAUCACUUACUUAUGGAUUGUUCCAGUCCAAUUUUCUGACACAGAAGGAUCGUGAAUAUGGUUGUAUUUUAAAUAAUAUUCUCAGUUCUAUGAUAAAUUUGCUAAUUAAUAUGGCUUAUGAAUAUUCACAUUAUAGAACAAUUGUAUUUAAAGUUCUGAUUUCACUAAAGAAAUUAUUGGGAACAAAUUUACAAAGUAUGGUGUUCACAAAACACAAUCAAUUAAGAUUGUUAAACUUAGUAAAUCAUAAUUGGGAAAAUUCAAUUAAUGGAACGAGAAAUUUAAAUAAAUUAAUUUUACAAUCUGUUAUUGAAGUUAUUGAUGAUGACAUGCAAAAGGAAAUUAUAGAAGAAAUUCAUGCUUUCUAUUGGAACAAAGCUAAAUAUUUAACAUUUUCCGAAAUCAUAGACCAAUUUAAGGGUAAUUUAAAAGCAUUUGUAAAUAGAUACAACUUAGUUGAAGGUCUCGUAUAUAGUCUACAUAGACCUGGAUUAGUAUCUGCAGGGGCUGAUAUGUAUUAUUCUAUAUUGAAAAAAAUGCAUUCCGAUGACCAAUGGGUAGAUGUUUUUUUAGACAAAAUUACAGAAAUGCUUUGUUUUUCUAUACAAAGAGCGAAGGAAAACUUCAAUAACUACUGGUGUUUGAGUACACUUAAGAAAUUUCCAUCUGUGGGUAUGAUCAUAAUAAAUUCUUUACAAAAAUGCAAGGACACAGAACAAAGAAUGUUUAGUAUUUUGAGUGUGGUGAAGCAAUGUAACAAACUUAAUCUAUUUGAAAAGAAUUGGGCUAUAUUAACUGAGGUUGAAAGGAAUAUUUUAUGUGGCAUAGAACACUGUAAUCCUCAAAUAAGAAUGGCGGCUUUUGAUAUAGUUUGUGUAUCCCAUGGAAAAUAUUGGCCGAAUACAACUGAAUAUGAAAUAAUCUUAAAUUUUCUUACUGAUAAUGUUAAUUCCGAUUGCACAGUUUUAAGAUUGAGCAUGCUAAAUAGUUUGGGAAGCUUUUUAAGCCGUCUACAAACUUUACAUUUAAAUAACGCACAUAAACCAGAAAAAGACAAGGAAAAUUUACUAUCAUUUUGUGCAAAAAUGCAAGAGUUUAUAAUCUUUUCAUUAAAUUUAAACGGGAAUUAUCAACGUAAAAUUACUACUAUUAAAAUAGUAAAUACAUUAUUAAAUUCUUUUAGUGAAUUUCCGAAGAAAAAACAAAAUCAAUUUAAGCAAAUUAAUUAUUUAUUAAUAGAUUUUAUAUCUGAUAGUAAUUAUUUGCUCCUUUUUAAUGAAGAUGUGAUUAAAAAACUGAUAAGUUUAUUAAAUGAUCCUGCAGAUGAUAUAAGAGAAAAUAUUGUGCAAUUAAUGUUGAAUCAUUAUAUAAAACAACUAAAACAGCCUGUUAUAAUAAACCAAAUUAUAGAUAAUGCACUAUUUAAAAUUAAAAGUAAAUUCUUUUAUGACAUAAACUGUGGUCAAAGCAUGUUCAGAAUGUUAGCUAAUGUGUUCUUAAAGGAAUUGUCUGUAAAUGCAACUAAGUUUAGUAAUGUAGAAGACAUUUUUAAUUUUGCUUAUAAAGAGCUUUUAUCUGAAUACAAUUUAAAAAGAGAUAUUGUGGAAUCAAUUGAAAAUGGAAAGCAGUUACAUUCGUAUAUGUGCAUACUGUGUGCUAUAUUUGAAGCAUGUCUGAAAAAUUCAUAUAAAUUGAAAAUUACUGGAGAUUCAUUUUGUUUUUUGUUAGACAUUUUACAAGGUGUAUCUAAUCAAUUUGUUUGGGAAGAAGGAGUUACGACAAGUUCCGACUUUUCAAAAAUGAAUGAUAUGGUUCGACAAAUUAUAGAAAACUCCGGUUAUACAAGUAAUAAUGCAGAUGAUGCUAAAAUUACAGGAUUAGAACAAAUCGUCUUAAAUUGUUUGUGGUUAAAUGUGAAGGCAUCCUGUGAAUUGGCAGCACUUAUUAUUAAAUAUUGUAAUUCUGAUACUGAAUUAGAUAUAUGUGAAAAAUCUUUAUUUGUAAUUACAAAAGUUCUCGAGACAUCUCGCCACAAAGGGGCUAUAGAAGCAGCAGGAGUUGCUUUAGGUGAAGGUAUACAAUGCUUAACAUCUUUACCUUCUGAAAAUCGUCUUUCAAAUCUACCUCAAUUAUUAUUAAAACAAAAACUUGAGGAAUUAAUUUUGGAAGCCAAUAGCAUGGCAUCUGUUACAAGGAGAGGUGCAGGUUUAUCAAUUAUGGUUCAUAGAAUUGUCAGUAAUGACAUGCGGAAAAAUAAGCCUCUGUUCCACUAUUUUAUCAACACUUUGCUAGAGACUUGCAAAACAUUUGACGAUGAUGUGAAACAUUCGCCAAAUUGUGACAACGAAAAAGAUCUACCAAAGGCUGUCUACAUACACUUCUUAACAAGAAUAGUCACAGAUAGUAGUCUGAUUACAGAAGUUAUGUAUUAUUCUGCUGAAUUAGCUGAACUUGCAUUUAAUAAUCUAAAAAGUCCACACUGGCAGAUAAGAAAUGCAGCACUACAAUUAUAUGGCGGUUUAAUACCUAAACUAAUAGGCCAAAAGAAACCUUCUGGUUCAGAAGACGAGGUCACUGUCACCGUUGCAUGUGACGAAUUUCGGACACAUUUCCCUAACUUGUGGUCUUUUAUAUUGGAGCAGUUAAAAUUAAACAAUACCAAAGAUAUAUUACAGUCACAUUCCAAUUUAUUGCCUAUAUUAAAUAUUCUGGGUAAUAUUGCAAAAAGAUAUAACUUUUCCAAUGAUUUGAAAUCACAAAUGGAGACGGAUAAUAUUUUGCUAAACAAUCUCAGACUACUAUUGGGAAGCCCGAUAUUCGCUAUACGACGACUGACCUCAAAAUCUAUAUUCAACAUAUAUUCAUUCAAUGAUAUUUAUGAAUUACUUAUCAAAAUAGAUGAACCAAAUGAAAAUUUCCUUCAUGGUUGUCUUUUAUUAUUGGUAAUUUGUAAUAAUUACUAUAAAGAUACAAAGUAUCAAAACAAACUUGAAUUAUUGAAAGAUAAAUUCAAUGAAAUUAUGCAGCAUAAACAGCAUUCAUAUUUGUGCAAAGAAUUGAUGGAACAUGUUACUAAUCAUGAUUAUAAGGUUUCCGAUUUGGAACACAUUUUACUCCAAUCAGGUAAAAAUGAACCUGGACAUUAUCAAUGGAUAAAUACACAAAUUGAAAAAUAUUUAAGAAAUUGUUCAUCACAUGAAUUACCUAAGUGUUUACAAAUUAUUUUAAACAGCAGUGAAUAUGAAAAAAAUUGUGAGAUAUUAUUUGCAAGACUAGACUCGAUUGAUGGAGACAAACUCAAAGAAAUAGCUAAUAUUUUACUAUCAUUUCCAAAGAGAAUGUACAGUUGCAUUAUUUGGAAGAUUCUUUAUAAAAUAUCUUGCUUAGUAAGUAUUGAUGUUAAAGAACAUAUUGAAGACAUUGUUAAAUAUAUUAAAAAUGAAAGAAUUCCUUAUAAAUUAAGGUACAUGGUACCAUUUAUUGCUAGGAUAACCGACAACGAGAAUAUUAUAUUGGUUGUAUGUAAAAUUACAUACAGGUUAUGUUUAGCGGAAGAUUUUGAUGUUGAUAUGAGAAUGAUUUCUGCGAUUGCUAAUAAUGAAAUUGCUUCUAAACUAAGCAAAUAUUCAGAUGAAAUAAAAAUAAUAUCUAUUAAGACAGCAAUUAUUUUGUUGCAAGACGAGGAUGAAGAUUUAAGAUAUUUAAGUGUACAUUAUUAUAAAAACAUAAAAAAUAUUUCACAAGUUCUACAUCCAUAUGUUUGUUUAAGGAAUAUUUUGAAUUUUAAUUUCUUAAGCUCUGUUUUAGUUGACUGUAAAACUGGCAUAGAUUUAAUAUGUCAAGGUCUAAUAGAUCUAUUGUCUCCAGUAAAUGUGAAUUCAGAGGACUUUAAUCCCUUUGCAAAUGAUUCUAAAAAUAUUUAUCAAGAAGUUGAAAUGAUAAAAAAUCUAAUUCGUAGUUUAAAGGAAUAUUAA